AUGAAAGAUGAUGUGCCCAAUAUCGCCAUCCUGGGAGCUGGUGGAGGACUGCGAGCCAUGAUUGCCCUUCAUGGAACCCUGCAGGAGCUACAAAAGCAUGGUCUCUUGGACACCAUCAUGUACUUGUGUGGGGUCUCAGGUUCAACUUGGUGUAUGUCAUAUCUCUACAAAAGUGGGGACUGGACAGAGAAAUUGCAGGCCUUGGAGGAAAGUAUGUGUGCUAGACUUUCCAAAUACACCUGGAGUGUCCCAAAGGCAACAAAAAUGCUUCUCGAGGCAGCUAAAGAUGAAAAUUACUCCCUGACUGAGUUCUGGGCCUACACUGUGGUCUAUGGAAUGUUACAUGACCUGGACAAGGGACAUUUGUCUGAGCAGCAGAGUGCUUCUGAGAAUGGAAAUAAUCCCUACCCCAUCUAUGCAGCAGUGGAUGAGCGGAGUUUUUCCAAAGUAACUGAAUACUCUCCAGCAACAUGGUUUGAGUUCACCCCCCAUGAAGCCAGUUUCCUUGGCUACGGAGCAAGUGUACCCAUGGAGUACUUUGGAAGUGAAUACAAGAAUGGGGAGCUAAAGAAGCAGAAAGAAGAGAAAAACAUGAGUUACCUACAAGGUUUGUGGGGAAGUGCCAUUGGCAGCGAAACAGAAAAUGAAAAAGUCAUAAAAGAUAUAUUCUUUGGCUUCUUUAAGGGAGAAAAAGAUUCAUAUUCACCAUCUAAAGAAGGGUGUCCGGAAGGAAUAGUCAAGGGAUUUCCAGUACCCACCACUGAACCUGAAGCUGUUCUUCCCACAGGAGCUGUGACCAGUAGUAAGUUGAGUGACUAG